GCAUCAGCAUCAACAUGAGCAGCGACGACGACGGUGAGUCCGACGCGGCCGCAAUCGGAGCUUGCGUGGAGUGGAGUGCAGCGCGAGAGCGCCUCGCGUGGAUCCGGUCUCGGGAAGCACUUUUCGCUCGAGCCUGAAGCUGCGCUGCUGAUUCGGCGCAAGUGCCCGAGCCGAUCCCGCGUGGACGCUAGCGUCAGCAGCGUGCGUGUCGUCCGGGCCCUCCUGGUUUCAAGCGCAAGGUUCGGAUGAAGACCAGUCGUCGAUCUUUGCAAGGCCCCGAGAUCUGAGCCGCUCGGAUCGCUCUCUCGAUUGCGCAUUGUCUGAGACUCUCGAGCGAUCUUCAUCUGCGGAUCCGAAAGAAAGGUGGUCGAAAUUCGGCUAUUCUUCGCGACCAUCGUCCCGGUUCGAGUGGUUCGAGUGGUUUGAGUGGUUCGAGUGGUUCGAGUGGUUCGAGAAUUGACGGAGAGACUGAGUGAGCGGUGGAAAUGGGCCGGAAAGGAAGCUCGCCCGGGCCGACGGGUGCCAUCAUCGGUGGCAUGGAGAUGAGUGAUCGAGGGUCGCCUCUGCCCAUGGGCGAGAUGACGGUGCAAAAGCCUCGGAUCAAGACCGAACGGCAUUGCCGAGACAUCCCGUUUUUGAUCCUCUUCGGCCUGUUCUGGCUGGGUAUGGUCGCCAAUUCUGGAUUCGGAUGGAAUCAGGGGAACCCGCGGAGGCUGCUGUAUGGACUCGACUAUAAAGGACAACUGUGCGAGGGAGACUUCGAUGUUAAGUACUGGAUGAACCCAAAUCAAGUCUACGACAGCGGUGUCGUGGACAAUCCAUUCAACAUCAAGGAUGCCCGUGCCAUCUGCUUGAAAUCGUGCCCGAGUACUUCUGCGAAUGGGACUCUUGGCUGGGUGUGCGAUUACCCAGAAGGGCCCAUUACACUGACGAAAACCGAGUGGGCCGAUCGGACAUAUGAUUACUUUGAUACGCUGAGCGCCGAGCUCAAGAACACCUCCUUGAACUUGCUUGGGCCCUGUUAUCCAGUUCUCUUCAAUAGCUCCAACUUCUUCUGGAGCUGUCAGCUUACAGCGUCACCUUCCAAUGAGAGUCUUGCUCAAUGGACUUCUUUGGGUGGUGUUUCUGUAAACCAAGGAGAAUUCAUUGUUAAAGCUAUUCAGGAUCUUCUGAGUGCUCCUGGAGAGAUAUUCAAGAGAUACAUUGCAGAUUUGGAAAACGCAUGGCCUGUGCUAGUUGUGUGUGGAGGCAUUGCGCCACUUCUUCUCUCUAUUGUCUGGCUGGUCGUGAUUCGGUUAUUUGCGGGAGUUGUCACUUGGAUUACCAUCAUCGUCUUGAAUUUUGCCACCAUUGCGGUCACUGUCUACCUAUAUAUCAAAGCUGGGUGGAUCGGGACCGAUGCAAUCUCUGCUGUCAUCGGUUCUGAUGCGGUCGAUACCUUAGCACUGGAGACUUCUCACAGCAUGCAAAAUCAUCUGAAGAUUGUGGCGGUGGUUAUGACCAUCAUAUCGGUUAUUAUAGUUCUUAUCACAGUGGUUCUCAUCAAGCGCGUAUUCAUGGCUGUGGCUGUCCUGAAGGUAGCUUCAAAGGCGAUCGGAGCUAUUCCAUCACUUAUGAUAUAUCCAGUAUUUCCUGCCCUUGUAUUGCUGUUCUUCUUCGUAUACUGGAUGGUAACGCUGCUGUACCUGUUUAGCGCCGGAGAGAUUACGCAGAAUGUUUGCAACAAUGGUUGUUGUGCGUACGAUCUUCUAGCUGGCAAUGUGACAUGUGGCGGAUGCUGUGGAUAUGAGUUUCACCACACAAAAAACAUAGUCUGGUCUAUAUUCUAUCACAUAUUUGGAGGAUUUUGGACAGCUGCGUUUAUCAAUGCAUGUUCUCUCACAAUUAUCGCUGGAGCCGUCGUAUCCUACUACUGGGUCCGGGGAGAAAGAGCACUGCUCCCAACAUUUCCUGUUCUUUCGUCAACAAAAAGACUCCUGCGAUACAGUUUGGGCUCCGUGGCAAUUGGAUCGUUCUUGGUCGCUGUCAUUCAGAUGAUCCGUUUCAUCUUAGAAUUCAUUCGGAACAAACUCAAGGCAGUGGAGGCAGCUCCUGGCGGUUGCUUGAUCUCAAUAUUAUGUUGCUGCGCCCAGUGCUGUCUCGGUUGUAUUGAAUGGACUCUCAAGUUCAUCAACAGAAACGCCUACAUAGUGAUUGCUAUCAAAGGCAAGGGUUUUUUCCGAGCUGCAGCUAAGGCCUCGGGUCUGAUCAUCAAUAACAUUCUCAGGGUGGGAACCGUGAACGUGCUUGGAGACUUUGUGCUGUUUUUGGGGAAAGCCUGUGUAAGCGUGGCUGGUGCUUUCUUUGCGUUCUUGAUGCUCGAUCAGCAUCGCUAUAAAUCUGGUAGCAACAAAGUAUCGUCUCCGCUCUUUCCUGUUCUGUUCUGCUGGAUCUUCGGGUAUUCGAUAGCUUCUAUGUUCUUUGGGGUGGUGGAAAUGGCUAUCGACACCAUUCUGCUCUCGUUCUGCAUCGACUGCGAGGAGAACAAUGGCAAUGCUCGUUUUGCUCCUCCUCUGCUCAUGGAUACUUUGGGCAGGCAUGCUCGCUAUGAGGAGGAACGAAAAUCAGCGCGUCGUGGCUAGAUUGGUAUCGCAUUAGUGGCAAGUUUGUGCAUAAAAAAUCAUCCAAUCAUCAAGUCACGGGAUAGCAUCUUUCACAUUUUUGAUUCAGGCUGGAAGUGCUCUGUACAUAUUUUGUCUCCUUUCUCCAUGUACACUAUGUUCGACCCAAAGAUGUCCUCGCUCGUAGAUUAGCAAGAGUUCUGGACGCGAUCGAUGGUAGUAACAAUCUGACAGGGCACGGGUAGAGUGUGAAGUUUGUAAGUCGAUCAGCAGCAGGCAGUGAUAGUCGGAAUGUGAAGCCCUAGGAAGUAGAGAGUUAACGAGCACAAUAUUUGUAUCUAAUUUUUUGUGAGGCCCGACAAAGACCUCAAAAGUGAGGUAUUGAUCUGCCCAUCGGAUUCGAUGGAUUUAUUUGCAUGGAUUGUAUCUAAGCACAGAGAAGGCGGUAUGAAAAAUCAGAGGUGCUGGAACUCUGGCAAAGUGGAUCUAGCUCAUGAAAUCAUUCUGCCUAGGUCC